AUGAUUAAAUUUGUCAAAGACUAUAAUAUUGUUACUGAACCUGCUUGUGGCGCUUCAAUUUUUGCAGCAGAUAGACCUGAUUAUUUAGAGAAAUAUUUCGGUAACUUGCUUAAAUAUGAUAUUUUUAUUCUCAUUGCUUGCAAUGGGUCUUCUUCUUAUAUUGAGGAUGUUAUUCAAUACCAAGAUAUUAUUGAGAAAAAUCGGUGA